UGUGCGAAAUCAACCCUUUUCGAUGGGAAAUCGUUGCAGGAAAUUUUGGAAAUUUUCCUCUUCGUCAAAUUAGUGCAAUUGUGCAAUUAUUCUAGCAACACAGCAAUGUAGUGACUGUUGAAAAUCAGCGAUUUUUAACAAAAUGUAGUGGCAAUAGUUAAAUUGAACAAGUUGUGAUGCGUAUACUAUAACGGUAGUUGUUCGGAGCGCAUUUAAUAUCGUCAAAUCGACCGAAUUUGUGCAUUUUGUGUGAUUUGGAUGGAGAAAACAAGCAACGAGGGCAGCGCCGCAGCAGUAUGUUUGUCAUGAACUGGUUCAACAAUCUCAGUAAUCGCAGUUUGGCGAUAACACUGCUAAUUUGCAUAUCCCUAAUAUAUGUAUCAUAUACAUUUAAUUCGUGCCUAUUAACAAGCAUUAGUCGAACAUUCCAAAAGAAUCCAUUGCGCGGCCUACUCUUCUCCGAUGACGAACUCACCGUUACAUCUGCAACGCAGCCACCUACGAAACUAGACACUGCAAAUGGCAGCGCUAAUGUCGGAGUGGCAUCGAAAUACACACCGGAAGCUUUAAGUUUAAGAAAUCACGGUUCAUCCGUUGUACAUAUUGUGCCAUUAAGUGGCUCAAAUAACAACACUAACAAUAAUGCGAGCAAUCCGCUACAGGAAGCUGCCGACGGUUCACCGAAAUAUCGUUUCCUACGUCAACAAGGUUUGCAUCCGUCGCGUCAUCUGCCCGACACGCUCAUCAUAGGCGUGAAGAAGAGUGGCACACGCGCGCUACUUGAAUUCAUACGUCUUCAUCCGGAUGUACGCGCCGCUGGCUGUGAGGUGCACUUUUUUGAUCGUCACUAUCAGCGCGGUUUGCGCUGGUAUCGCCACCACAUGCCCUACACCAUUGAGGGUCAAAUAACAAUGGAGAAGACGCCAAGCUAUUUUGUAACAAAAGAAGUGCCGCAGCGGGUGCAUCAAAUGAAUGCGGCGACAAAGCUGCUAAUUGUCGUGCGCGAUCCUGUGACACGAGCCAUAUCCGACUACACGCAAGCGGCCAGCAAGAAAUCGGAUAUGAAACGUUUCGAAGAUUUAGCCUUCGUCAAUGGCUCGUUCGCUGUCGUGGACACCGCUUGGGGACCAGUCAAAAUAGGUGUCUACUCGCGUUAUCUCGAGAAGUGGUUGAAAUACUUUCCGCUCUCACAAUUGCUCUUCAUAAGCGGCGAACGACUUAUUAUGGAUCCUGCCUACGAGAUUGGACGUGUACAAGACUUUUUAGGUCUUAAACGUGUCGUGACUGAGAAACAUUUUUACUUUAACGCUACCAAAGGUUUCCCCUGCCUAUUCAAGUCGGAAGCGCGGUCCACGCCACAUUGUUUGGGAAAGACGAAAGGACGCAAUCAUCCGCACAUAGAGGAAGCUGCCAUCGAACGUUUGCGCGAAUUCUAUCGACCAUUCAACAACAAAUUUUACCAAAUGACCGGCAUCAAUUUCGCUUGGCCCUAAAUCGGAUUUACGCAAGCUUAUUAUGACAGCAAGUUGAUGUAUAUAUGUGGGUGGAGGUAGUAUUACGAGCACUUUAAAAGCGUUGAACGAAAUUAUAAUUUACGAUAUUAAUCAGAAAUUUUACGAUAUUCGUCGCAAUACUUACGAUAUUACGAUAGUACUCGCUAGUAAUGUCGAGCGAGUAGUUAGGUACUCGUUUGCAUAAUGAUCGUCGGAAACGCACAAUUUUUGCUUCAAGACUUUAUAAACGAACUUUGCAAUCUUCUAGUUUACAUAUACAAAUUACAUACAUACAAAUCGUAGAUCAUUAGCGUAAACGUUUCAUACAUACUGAAAUAUUAUUAAUACUAGCAUAAAAAUAUACAUUUACUUGCUAGCGCGAAAAAUCAUUACUUCACGCACCAAAUAAAAAAUAAAAUCGAUAUCUUGGCAUGUGAAAAUAUAUAUAACUUAUGUGAUAUGUCUCUGAGUAAGAUAUGCAACUGUGUAGAUCGAUUUGGUAUGGAAAGUUUUUACAAAAUCUGUAGAUCCAAGAUCUAUAAUGAAGCUAUAUACAUUUUUUGGUGUUGGUUCCAAAAAAUUUUUUCAAAAUUUGGAUUUUGAAAUUUCAAAACUUUUUAUGACGAAAUUCUACAAAAUUUGUCUGCAAAUCGAUCUAAAGUUGUGUAGAUAUGAUCGGUGAAAGGCUGUGCUCUAAGAAAUCAAUCCGAUAUAUUUUUUGGAAUUAUCGCACAUCCGAAAAAUCAUUGUUAAAAUUAAACAAGAUAGAAAAUUGAAACAAUUCGGUUGAAGGCGUAUAUUAGACAAUUACACAAAUUGAAUUAAGACUAUUGGAUAUGCGAGGCAUGUAACUUUGAUGGUAGGCGAAAUUAUGGAAUGCCAUUUGCUCUACCUUGCUGUUUUUGUUAUAGUUAUAAAAAAAAAAAACUUCCCGAUGAGUGCCGUCGAACUGAUCAUCUUUGGCCGGAUAAAAAUCCGAGUCCAUUUGUUCAUUUUGGUUAUAUUCGUCAUAUGUUUUCUAGGUAAACAUACAGUCCUACUUCCGAGUUGCCGAACUGGCAAUCUUCAGCCCGAUGAAAACCCGGGUCCGUUCUGGUUGUACAAACCGGAGUGGCGUGGAAACGGAUUGGUCGCAGGUUAUUAUAAUCGCCAUAUAUUGAACUUAUAGUUCUAUUUCACUAUGUUAUAUGUAGUUAGAACGAACCUUCAAAAAAGAUAUGCAUAAUGUGUAUAAUUCUACUAAAGGCGAAAAACUGGUUCGUUAUUGAAAUUUUAACGUAUUUGAAACGUUUAAAGAACGAGAUCGUAAAAAAUGGGCACCGUCUCACAAACCAAUGAGAACGAUAGCAAAAUUGUAUAAACUGAGCUUCUAAUUUCCUCCGUAUUGAGCGUGUUUUCCGGAUCUAGCCGCCAAUAGCAUUUUCCAGUUCUCGUAACCCAAGAUAAUUCUCGGUGGAAACAAAUUUAGUGACAACGAAGAGAAAAUGGGCGAGUCUGACGCCUCUUAGAAGCAAAAGUCAAGUCUUUCUAUAAAAAUUAUAUUACAAAAUUCGGAAGAUUCGUUAUAAUCGGUGUAAUGCGCUCAAUGGCAACUAUGUCCAAUAAAAAAUCUAAUUUUCCAAAAAAUUUUAUUUUAUGAAGCUUGCCCACGAUCUUUCUCUCGAACACUCGAAGACCAACCAAGAACAUCAAGUAAUUAUAACGGUAAACGGUAUAUACAUAUUAUUACAUUUCUUAAAGCACAACCUUUUCCUAGUCAUUCCUGAAACACAAAUAAUUCACUUGUAAAUCAUUAUAAAGAAGAAAGGAACAUAAAAUCGAAAAUUAAAACCAUUGUAGCUUUAUUCUCGCACACUAUUUAUCAAGCAUCAUAGUUCCUUUUUGCUCUCUGCAUUUUAAUAAUACAUAUGUACUGCCGAUAUCAAUUGCCUAAAAAGUACGAAUACAAAAGCCAAUACGAAGCCAACGCAACCAACACAAUAGCAACAAUAAUAAUACUGAGUAUAUACAAAAAAAAAACAAAAACAAUAAAAAAUUAUAUACAAAUAAAUAAAGCAACAAUUUUAAAGCGAAAUACAAACACACGCACACAUAUAGUACAUAUGUACGUAUAUACAUAAACAUAUUAGUUUACAUGCAUGCCAAUCAAAACGGAGCUUUUUCAUACUUACAUACAUAUAGAUAUAACCUAAACACGCAAUAUAGUAUUACUUACAAGUUACUUAAUUUCGCUACUCAAAAUACUUACAAACAACAAAAACAAAUAUUAGUAUAAGCUAUAUCUAAAUAUAUAUAUAUAUAAAGGGGUAGAUAAAUCAAAUGACUAAGCGAUCUUCCAUUAAUUUUACUUGCACAUUUACACACACACUAAGAUAAAGGGCGCCAAAGCCUUUAGGCUCAAAAAUAUUAAAUUAAUAAUAAAUACAUACAUUUAAAAUAGACAUACAUAUGUAUAAAAUAGUAUAUACAAAUACUUAAAGAGACUGUAGCCAAAGUAUAUUUAGUAUUUAUGUAGAGAAUAUUUUUUGUAAGCUCGGCUUUUUUUCCAAUUUGAUAACAAAAGCACAUCAGAAAUGUUGUAAUGCUAAUUAAGUAUAGUAGAUUCGUCGCAUAUAUAUUAAAAGUAUAUCAAAAUAUAUUAAAUACAUUUUUAUUGAUUACACACCUUGAGAACAAAUAAUAUGCUGCAGAUUUUUGAAAGACGCCCUUCGAACAUGAUAUGCGGACAUAUGUUAAAACAGCCUAAGUCGACUUAAGCCAAAGUGUGGUUCUUUUCAUAACCUCAAAUUCUAAACUGAAUUGAGGUGAGGUUCUCAAUUCUAAAACAUUGUUUGAAACUACAGGGUUCGCCAUAUUUAGUGUCGGUAUGUAAACAUUGAAUAUUGUCUUAGGGUAAGGCGAAUACCCUUUCAAGCAUAUUGUGUGAAAAACUGAAACCACUUGCCAACAAACUGAUUGGAUCUUAUCAGUGCGGAGUAAGACCUGGUUGUUCCACCAUUGACCAAAUAUUCACGCUACGUUAAAUCCUGCAAAAUAGCCGAAAAUAUGAAAUGGAUCCAUUUUAUCUCUUCGUCGAUUACAAAGCAGCUACCGACAGCCCGAUAAGAGAUCGUGUAUACGCCACAUUGUUUGAGCUUAAUAUACAUAUAAGCACUUUUUGCGUUUGCGACAAAUUUUAUUCAGUUGAAAAGUAAAUAAAAUUUAAUCAAUAAUUGACGUAGUGCAUUAUAUAAUAUUAAAUAUUAAAAAAUACACGUUAGCAGCACUAAAUAUUUUUAUCUUUUUCAUCCCCUUUUAACAUGGUGCUAAAUUUGAACAGAAAACCCCCCUGAAAUUUGUUUCUGCCAACGAUGUCAAAAUCACUUGCACUAACUUAGGUCGACUUCAGUCAUUUUAACAUAUUUUCAUAAACAAUAAUAUUUAUAAUAAUUACAAAAUGCUGAAAGAAACGAACAUAUAUUAAAAUUGCAUUUACAAAUAUUUAUAGAAAAGAAGCUGAUCUGAAACAUCUUAAUGAUAGAAAAGUCUUAAUUAUUAAGCAAGUUUUUAGUACAUUAUUGUUUAUUACAUUUAUGUUAAUCAACAAAUGGUAUAUAAAGUAACUAAUUUGGAUUUCGAACUUGAUACAAAAUGAAUUUCAUUAAUAAAAUUAGCAAAAAUUAUGUUAUCAAAUUUGGCUACUGAAGCUGAAGAAACUUCACUCAAAACAGCCAAAGGCUACUUAUGCAUUUUUUCAUACACAUCAAAAUGAAAUCCUACAAGUUCUUCAGAUAUGAUCUACAUCCUCUUCAACACCAUCCGUAAAUUUUGUAACGUGCUAAAUGAAGUCAUACUGGCAAACAAAGUAUAUUUUCCUCGAUGUAUGUUACUAGUAAGAUAACGCCCAUCACCAUCAAAUCAAAAUUAAUUUUUUGACUUUUCAGCUGUUGAUCAAUGAGGGUCAAUAGUACGAAAUGAUAUUUCUAAUACACACUUCUUUGUCGGCACAAAUUUCAGUAAUUAAGAAUUUUAAAUCUUCGACGAUUAAACUUCCAUGAUGAUGAAGUCAUCUCCCACUGGAGCUUAGAGCCUCACCUCACUCCACAUUUAGUAUAUAGUAGAAGGAAAAUUCGUUUGGAACUUCAAUAUAAUCUUCUUUUUACCACCUUUCAAUGUGGCAUGUGCUUUUGCAAAAGUUAUGAAUUGUACGCAAAUAAUGUGUUCUUAUUAAACAUAUCUAUACUCCAUAUUAUAUAUUAUUGAGAUAAGUUAGUUUUAAACCAAUAUUUAAUACAGACAUUUUAUAUAUAGUUUUAUUCAAAUUAAGUUUCGUUUUAAGCUACCUACCUACAUAUAAAAGAAAUAUAACAGUAAACGAAAAAUUUCUCAAUAUUAUUUCAAUAUACUAUAAAGUAAGAUAAUUUUCAUGGAGGUGUAUCCAUCUAGUAUCUCGAAUAUUUUUAUCAAUAACAUAAACCGAAACUACUCGUCAAGUCACAGUUUUCGUUUCAAAUAGUUCGAAGUUUGACAUAAUCGGACAAAAUACGAGCUAAAUUGUAAGAACAAGUAUUGUAUUGAAAAAGAAUUACAACACACACACAACAGAGAUAUUUUUCCGCAACCAUAAUGCCCUUCGACUUUUGAAACUUUUCUCCGUUUGGUGUUAAGAACAACAGAAACUUUCAUAUACUUAUGUACAUAUGUAUGUAGAUGCUACAAAGACAAUUUGUGGAAAUUUUUCGAUAUAAUAAUUUUAAUAGCGAAUUUUAAUCCUUGACUUACCUCGCAAAAUAAUUUUUAGUGAGAGCAGAAUAAAAUCUCAUAGAAUGCUACAAUAACCGCAAGAAAAAUCUUUGGAGACUUCUUAAGGCAUUUAUCAUCUUAACUCUUGACUUGCCUAUUGACUUUUCUCCCAAAAUAUUUUUUAAGACGAUCAAAAUAACUCCUUAGGAGAAUGUAAUGACUGCUAGAAAAAUGUUAUAAAUAUUUUAAUGAAUCGUGUAAACCUUACCUUACCACUUUAAUUAUCUUACAUUUUUAGGCUCCAAAAUCACUUUGAAGGGGGUCAAAAGGAUAAGUAAAGUUGAUUAUUUGGAGAAUAGAGACGCACAAAUAUCAAUGACGCAAUGCUUGUUCUUAUUUCAGUUUUAUACAUAUAUGAUUCUUCUUCAGAUUUAACAAUGAUUUCUAUAAAAAGAAAAGUAGUGAUGUGGCGAAAAAAGCAUUUCAGGUUGUUGUUGUUGUUACCGUAUACUACCGUUAGAAAGUGUAAGUUAGCGCCCCCAAAAAUAUGUAUUGCACUUAACUAUCAAAAAUUUAUAAGAAAACCGACGUUUUUGUACGAGCUUAAUCAUAAAGUUUUGCCAUGGCACAAUACAAUCACAAAGACUUUAUAAGCGAAAAUAUCUCUUUUUUUACAUUGUACUAAUAGUAUUUAUAAUAUUGUAGUAUUAUUCAAAUAAAUAUACAUAUAUGUAACUAAAUAAUGUUAUGUAUGUAAAAAAAAGUAUGCAUAAAUACAAUUCGAUAAUCAUACAUAUGUAUGUAUAUGUAUAAGCCCUUUUCAAUGAAGAAUACGAUUUUCUAAUAUACAAGUUGUGUAGAGUUAUCGUAGUGAAAUUUUGUAUUAUCUUAGAAAAGUGUUAAGAUUUGAAAGGAGAAAAAAAAAAGUUGCAUUAUUGCAUCAAUUAUUUUGCAUAUUGCAAAUGCUAUGACAAAUGUGUAACUGUAGAUUCUGUUGAUUAAUUGAAUCAAUGAAAUUGUAUUUGGUAUUCAAAAGAUGCUCAAAUAAGAGCGUACAUACAAUGAAGUACAUAUUACUAAACUACUGACAUAAAAGAUGAUAAUCGCUUACACAUAAAAUUAGUGUAAAGAAAAACAUAAAUUGUUUCGAAAAUUGUACGGAAAAUAAAAUUAUUACUGAUAUUAAACUCGGCUAUUUUUGCCGAGCAUAAAU